UUUGCUGUGAGAGCUCGUGGGGGAGUGAACAGUAUAGCGCGUGCUGUGUGCUGUGGUACUGAGAGUCGAGGUGUUGCAGAGUAACCAGUCUUUUCCAUACCGCAAUCAACAAAGUUUGCAACACGAUACUUUCUGCAGUCGAAGAACGAUUACAUCAACCAGAUCCUUUUUUUCAGAAUUUACCGCUCUUACCCUAGAAAAGGAGGACUGAAAUUAAGACGAGUCUGAUACAAGCUGCAUUGCUUCCCAAAGAUUCCCGAACGAUGGACAGCAAUUUGGUGGAAAUAUUUAAGGAAGACAAGUGCCUGUCUGCUGUCACGGACGAGUGUUUGUUAAAUUCCACAUGGCAGCCCGGUUAUUCUGACAUAUAUAAUUUCACACCAAAUGGAAGUUGGGCGAACGAACCCAUGUCGCCCAUUAUCCCCAUUAUCACUGCAGUGUAUUCCGUGGUGUUUGUGGUGGGUUUAGUGGGCAACUGCCUUGUCAUGUAUGUUAUCAUCAGAUACACAAAGAUGAAGACUGCCACCAAUAUCUACAUCUUCAACCUUGCUUUGGCAGAUGCCCUGGUCACCACCACCAUGCCUUUCCAGAGUACAGACUACCUGCUCAACUCAUGGCCUUUUGGAGAAAUAGUUUGUAAGGUGUUCAUCUCCAUCGAUUACUACAACAUGUUCACCAGCAUCUUCACCCUGACCAUGAUGAGUGUGGACCGCUACAUUGCAGUCUGUCAUCCAGUCAAGGCCCUUGAUUUCCGCACACCCAUAAAAGCCAAGAUCAUCAAUGUCUGUAUCUGGAUUCUCUCUUCUUCGGCUGGCAUACCAGCUUUGGUCCUUGGAAGCACUCAAACCAACAACGGCACCACGGAAUGUGCCUUGCAGUUCCCAGAGCCAUACAUCUACUGGGACACCCUGAUGAAGAUCUGCGUGUUCGUUGUUGCCUUCAUCGUGCCUGUCCUCAUCAUCACAGUUUGCUACACCCUGAUGAUCCUGCGGCUCAAGAGUGUUCGGCUGCUGUCGGGGUCUCGGGAGAAAGACCGGAACUUGCGGCGGAUCACCAAGCUGGUUCUGGUAGUUGUGGCAGUAUUUGUGGUGUGCUGGACCCCCAUACACAUUUUCAUUUUGGUCAAGGCCCUCACCAAUGUUCCUGAAACUACUGCUGUGAUGGCUGCCUAUUUCUUUUGUGUGGCCCUGGGCUACACCAACAGCAGCCUCAACCCCAUCCUAUAUGCAUUCCUGGAUGAGAACUUCAAGAGAUGUUUCAAAGACUUCUGCCUACCAUCUAAGCUGAAGGUGGACAGACAAAGCACCAACAGGGCAAGGAGCACCAUCCGUGAAGCUGCCCACCCACAGGAGAACCAGGACCAAACUAGCAAGCCCGUAUGACUAGCCGUGGAGCUGUCUUCCUUUAGCCCCCAUGGGAGAGAGGAUUCAAAUGACCUCGGCUUAACCCAAGUGACAUCAACAAUUUGAACCCGUUCAGAGAUACAUAAUCUGAGCGUACUACACUUAGUCAUUAAAACUGUUGGGCCAGAGCAAAUUCAAAUAGCUAUUUUCAAAUAAGUUUACAAAAAUUGAUUGGCAAUGAUAAACAUGGCAUUUUGGAUACAUACUGUUCUUUUGAAGGGAUGGGCCCUGUGUGUGAAUGUUCUAUGAGCAAAGCUUCAUAUGUGAAUUAAAGUCACAUGCAGGUUUGGCAGGGUUUCUUCCAGAAGGAAAAACUGCUCAAAAGGAUCUUUAAACCUUUGCUUUC